GUCAUGCUCACCGCUGCCCUUGGUCUUGUUGCUCUUUGCGGCUCUGCUCUCGCUCAGACCUCGAGCACCUACACUGACCCGGACAACGGUAUCGUGUUCGAGGGCUACACCGACCAGAACGUGACGGUCGGCUUCGCUUUGCCGCCCAUCAAUGUUGACAAUGAGUUCCUGGGCGAGAUUAUUGCCCCAGUAACCCAGCAAUGGGUUGGCAUUGCUCUCGGUGGAACGAUGCUGGAUAACCUUCUCUUGGUGGCGUGGCCCUACGGCGAGAAUGUCGUAUACAGCCCUCGCUAUGCUACUUCAUAUACGCUGCCGACGCUCUACGAUGGUCCGGUCAUCACCAGCCUCGUCGGAACAUACGUCAAUGAGACGUACUGGAAGUGGGUCUUCCGCUGCCAGAACUGCACUACUUGGGAGGGCGGCUCGCUCAACACAACCUCAACGAGUGCCACAGUUUACUGGGUCUCUUCUAACGUCACGGUCGAGGACCCUGCCAGUGCGAACAGCUCCUUCACGAAGCACAAUGACGGCGCCUCCUGGGACGAGAAUUUCGUCGCCGCACAACAAGGUCUCUAUUGGAACUGGUUUUAA